UUAUAGUGACCUUGAAUGUAAUACUGUGAUCUUUUGUGCCUGAUGAGGAGGGUAUAUAAACCGUAGGAUAUACACUCUGGCAGCACAUCUACAAACAUCAGAAGACGUUCCACAGAGUUACUACAUGUCUACAGGGCACCAGACAGCCUCGGCUCUAUCAGAAUUACGCGACAGUGUAGAUCUAACAACCCACCACGAUGCUCUCCGCACUCUUCAAUCUGAUUGAUCUUCAAACCGUUUUGAUCUUCCUUUGUGUCACCUUGGGGAUGUUGAAAUUCAUGAAAUUGGCACAGGAAAAACACCGCUACAAACUGCCACCUGGGCCUCUGGCUUUUCCUCUGAUCGGCAAUCUUAUCCAGCUGGCAGGGAAAAGUAAUAUCUUCAGGACCUUCGACGAAUACGGUAAAACAUACGGGGACAUGUUCACGAUCUACAUAGGCGGUAUGAGGACAGUUGUGGUCACAUCUUAUGACAAAAUCCACGAGGGACUCGUGGACAAAGGGAAAAGUUUAAUUGGGCGGCCAAACGAUUUGUACAUUGUGGAUAAAAUCUUCCAGAGAAAAGGUGUUAUCUGGAGCUUAGGUGAUGUUUGGCGUGAUACCCGGCGGUUUGCUCUCAUGUCUCUCCGUGACUUUGGGGUGGGCAAGACGAGUCUGGAGGAGCGGAUCCAGGACGAGGCUGACCUGCUUAUGACGGAAAUCCGGGCCUGCAAUGGCCGGCCGUUUGUGCCGAGGAAAUUCUUGUCAAUGGCGGUGAUGAACAUUAUGUGUGGAAUCAUCCGGGGUUCUCGGUAUGAGAAGGAUGACCCUGUGUUUAAGGAACUAUUGAAAAUGUUGGAAUUCUUGUUCAAGAACGCUGGGCUGCAGGUGCCCGAGAACUUCUUCCCGUUACUGCGCUAUCUGCCUAUCGGUUCACCGGCGAAAGAACUGGUGCAAAAUGAUAAUGCCCUAAGGAAGGUAAUCCGAGAGGAGAUACAGAAACACAGGGAGACGUUUGAUGAGGAAAAUAUCAGAGAUUUCAUGGACCUGUAUCUUAAAAUGACGAAAGAAGAACCUUGGAACCCUUCUUUCACAGAGGACAAUGUAUUUCGAACAAUUGUCGACCUUUUCCUGGCGGGUUCGGAGACAACUGCGGCCUCUUUGAACUGGCUGGUGCUCUAUAUGGUCAGGUACCCGGAUGUACAAAAGCGAUGCCAGCAGGAAAUCCAAAAGGUUAUUGCCUCGUCCAGAAAAAUUGGCCUGAAGGACAGGCAUUCAUUACCUUAUGUGUCUGCAACCAUCCAUGAGUUACAGAGAAUUGCUAACACUGCCCCCAUCACAGUUCCCCAUAAAGCCAUAGAAGAUGUAGAGAUAGGAGGCUACUUCCUGCCUAAAGACACCAUUAUCGUAUUCAGCAUCUAUGGCGCCCACCGAGACCCCAAAUACUGGGAGAACGCCGAUAAGUUUGACCCCGGGCGCUGGCUUUCUCCGGAGGGCGAACUGAUAAAGCACAAAGCCUUCGUGCCGUUUGGGGAUGGUCCAAGAACAUGUCUGGGGAAAAUUCUAUCAGAAAUGGAACUUUUCUUGUUUUUCACGAACAUAAUUAAGAACUUCACAUUCAAAACAGUUCCUGGUAAAGCGCUUCCUUCGCUGGAGCCUGUACAACGUGGAAUCAGCAUGCAGAUUCACCCGUACGAAGUUGUGGCUGAGGAGAAUGAUAUAUCAUAAACUUCCGACAACACAUUCACAUAAAGAACAUUUGUGUUGUAUGAACACAAACUUGAGCUCUUCUCACAAAAGUCUUGUCAUAUUUGAAAAACUUUAAUCUUGUGUUGACUUUACACAAUGUCUAGUUUGUGUUUUAACAUUUUGAAACACAAAAAUGUGUACUUCACAUUUACUUAUCACGUUUGUGUUGGGGUAACACAUUUCUGUGUUGAAUGAAAGAACACAAGUGUUUUUUUUGUGUGUAGACGUCUAACUGAUGUUAGCCCAACUGAGAACUCAGUGGAAUUACCUUCCUAUUUAACAUUAGGUCGUACAUAUUUUUGUACUUAAAACUGCCUUAUCCUGGAAUACAAGAUAUGCUUGUAUUUGAUGUUAUAUACUUAGUUCCACAAUUAAUACAACGUAGAACUGUAUAUAUGCUCUGUAUACUGCACGACAUGUUAUGAUUCGAGUUACCUAUAUAUUAUCACUGCAUGCGGCGAACUGUACCUUGUCCACACUUUUCGGUUACAGUGUGAAGGAAAGAAAAUGUCCAGUUUAGUGCAGGAGUUGUGAAAUCCUUACGGUAAAAGGUCAGUCAUUUAUAAAAUGACCGCAAAUAAACACGUUUCAUAUUUGGACACAAGAUGUCAACGAAACUAGUUCGUCAACAACCUGUUCAAGGUAAUAAUACAGAUUGUUGCUUCUUAAUUGUUUAAAUGUUAUAUAGGUAAUUGUUGUUGUGUCAACAAUGCUUCUGAGCCUAAGUAUGUGCGCAAGUGUGAAAUAAUAAAUAUCAGAAAAUUCA